AUGACCACCCUCUCUCCCGAAAACAGCCUCUCUGCCAGGCUGUCGGCCUCCUUCAUCCUGGUGAAGAGAAAACCGCCCAUUGACAAGACAGAAUGGGAUGGCUUCUUUGAUGAGAACGGUCAGUUGGCCAAGUCACGAGACUUCAUUUGUGUUAACAUCCUGGAAAGGGGUCUGCACCCUUUCGUGAGGACAGAAGCCUGGAAGUUCCUCACGGGCUACUACUCAUGGCAGAGUUCCCAGGAUGAGCGGCUCACAGUGGACAGUACAAGGAGGAAAAAUUAUGAAGCUUUAUGCCAGAUGUAUGAGAAGAUUCAGCCCCUUCUGGAAAACCUGCACCGGAACUUCACAGAGACUCGGAAUAACAUUGCAUACGACAUCCAGAAACUCUAUGACAAAGAUCCCCUGGGAAAUGUCAUUAUUGACAAGAAGAAGCUGGAGAAGAUCCUGCUCCUCAGCUAUGUGUGCAACACCCAGGCAGAGUACCAGCAGGGCUUCCAUGAGAUGGUGAUGCUCUUCCAGCUGAUGGUGGAACAUGACCAUGAGAUCUUCUGGCUCUUCCAAUUCUUCCUGCAGAAAACGGAGCACAGCUGUGUCAUCAACAUUGGGGUUGGCAAGAAUUUAGACAUGCUCAACAACCUGAUCAGCUUCCUAGACCCUGUGUUUGCUAAGCACCUAAAAGGAAAGGGUGCGGGGGCUGUGCAGUCCCUCUUCCCCUGGUUCUGCCUCUGCUUCCAGCGCGCUUUCAAGUCCUUUGAUGAUGUUUGGAGGCUCUGGGAGGUUCUGCUGACAGGGAAGCCCUGCAGAAAUUUCCAGGUGCUGGUGGCCUACAGCCUGCUGCAGAUGGUGCGUGAGCAGGUCCUGAAGGAGAGCAUGGCUGGCGAUGACAUCCUCCUGGCCUGCAACAACCUGGUCGACCUUGAUGCCGACGAGCUGAUCUCUGCUGCCUGCUUGGUUUAUGCGGAGCUCAUCCAGAAGGAUGUUCCAAAGCCAUUAAAGGAUUUCUUACUCUGA